AUGGGAUUCAGGCCUUGCCGUACGCUCUUCAUCGCUGCACGCCCCCCUUUUCUGGCCUCAGCCCUCCAAUUACUCCUUCAGAUGCCUCCAGCAUCCCCCUUUACGGCCUCUCCAUUCGACCUGGUGAUCAACCCGGGUCAGCGGGCCAAUAGCCCAGUCAGACCUUGGCUACACCCCACCUUCGGGCGCGCGCGACUGCGAACAAAGACACCAGACGAGAAGGCGACCCAUCGCUGUGGAAGCCACUGGAAGCACGGCCAACCAGACCCAGCGCUCAAGGUGCCUGCCUGGUCUGCAGUGGCCCUCACCAGCCAUUUGAUGCUGCGCCCCACGGGCUGA